UCUCAAUGAGAAGCCACACAUUGUGCAAAUUCGACUCAAAAACCUUGGCACAACUUAUUCAAACAUACGCCCAAACGAAGCAGCUAAACAGAGGCAAAGAGUUUCACGCUCAGCUUCUACGCGCCAAUUAUCCAAUAUGCAUUUUCAUGACCAACCACCUAAUCAAUAUGUACUCCAAAUGCGGACUUAUCGACUAUGCCCAUAACCUGUUCGAGAAAAUGCCUAAACGAAACAUAGUUUCUUGGACAGCAAUGAUCACUGGAUUUUCUCAAAACUCGAGGCUCUCGGAAGCUGUGAAUGUCUUAUCCCAAAUGAGAAUUGCCGGGCAGGACCCGACCCAGUUUGCGUUUGCGAGUAUCAUUAAAGCCUGCGUGUCCCUUGGGUUGAUUAAGAUUGGGAAGCAAACACAUUGUCUUGCUUUGAAAUAUUGCCUUGAUUGGAAUAUAUAUGUGGGAAGUAAUUUAGCUGAUAUGUACUCGAAGUGCGGGAUGAUAAUUGAAGCGUGCAAGUUCUUUGAGGAGAUGCCAUGUAAGGACGCAGUGUUAUGGACGGCAAUGAUCGAUGGAUAUGCGAAGAAUGGCGAGUUUGAGGCUGCUUUGUUAGCUUUUAAGAGGAUGAAUAAGGAUGGAGUUAUGAUUGAUCCUCAUGUUCUUAGUAGCACAUUAAGUGCUUGUGCAGCACUGAGGGAUCAUAAGUUUGGAAAGUGUCUUCAAACGAGUGUUGUGAAGUUAGGAUUUGAAUUAAAGGUUGUUGUGGGCAAUGCUCUUCUUGAUAUGUACUCAAAAGCAGGAGAUAUGGAAAGUGCUUCAAAUGUGUUUGUGGUUAUGUCAGAGCACAGAAAUGUUGUGUCUUUUACCUCCUUGCUUCAUGGGUAUUGCAAAAUGCAGUGGUUCAAUGAGGCUCUUGCCGUAUUCGUUGACUUGAGGAGGCAGGGUAUUGAUCCCAAUGAGUACACUUUCUCAAGCUUGAUCAAGGCUUGUGCCAGCCAAGCUGCACUUGAACAAGGAGCCCAGCUUCAUGCCCAAGUGGUUAAACUUAAUCUCGAUGUGGAUUCUUAUAUUUCUGCCUGUCUUCUGGACAUGUAUGGAAAAUGUGGGUUGCUUGACCAUUCAAUUCGAGUAUUUAACGAGACUAGAAACCCAACUGAGAUUGCGUGGAAUUCCUUACUGAAUGUGUUUGCACAACAUGGCUUAGGAAAAGAAGUCAUGGAACUGUUUAAUAAAAUGGUUCUUGUGGUGAAACCGAAUGCAAUAACAUUCACCAGUCUUCUGACAGGGUGUAGCCAUGCCGGGUUAUUUAAUGAGGGGUUGAACUUCUUCUAUUCUAUGGAGAAAACAUAUGGAGUGGUCCCUAGAGAGGAACAUUACAAUUGCGUUAUCGAUCUACUUGGUCGUGCUGGAAGGCUUAAAGAUGCUGAGGAAUUCAUCAACGGAAUGCUGUUCAAGCCAAAUGCUUUCGGGUGGUGCUCUUUCCUCGGGGCUUGCAGGGUCCAUGGCGACACAAAGAGGGGAAAAUUCGCGGUGGAAGAAUUGAUCAAGCUUGAACCUGAAAACAUUGGAGCUAUAGUUUUGCUCUCGAAUCUGUAUGCGAAGGAAGGGAAAUGGGAAGAAGUGAGGAGGUUGAGAACAAAAAUGAGAGAAGGAAACCUGCAGAAAUUGCCUGGUCAUAGUUGGGUUGAUGUUGGAAACAAAACUCAUGUUUUUGGAGCCGAAGAUUGGUCUCAUUCUCGGCGGAAAGAAAUAUACGAGAAGCUUGAUAGUCUUCUUGUGCAGAUACAGAAAGCUGGAUAUGUUCCUUGCACUGAUUCUGUGGCAGUUGAUAUGGAUGAUAGUGAAAAGCAGACGCUUCUUCAUCAUCACAGUGAGAGAGUAGCCAUUGCAUUUGCUUUAUUAAGUAUGCCAAAUGGGAAACCAAUAAUUGUGAAGAAAAACUUAAGGGUUUGUGUCGAUUGCCAUUCUGCAAUCAAGUACAUUUCUAAGGUUGUUGGGAGAAAGAUUAUAGUCAGGGAUACUAGAAGAUAUCACCAUUUUGCAGAUGGAUCAUGCUCUUGUGGAGAUUACUGGUAAGUGGUAAAGGUUUUGGAAGGCCUGAGAUUCAUUGGCCAUAAGUAAAGUUUAUACAAAAUGUUGUUAUUUGUUUGUUGCUUUGCCAUAAACAUGUUCUCUAAUUGAUGUUUAAGCUGCCAUGCAAAUGGUCUUUUUGACAGUUAUUUAGCUAACAGGGUCAGGAAAGUGUGAAU